AUGGACUCGCGCCGACAGGACGGCAGGCCGCGCGCCUCUCGCAACUACCUCCAGUACACAUCCCUGGACGAGAGCAGUCUCGGCAUUCCGCGACCCCCAGGACUAAGCCCCGCCGAGCGAGUGCAGCUAGAAGAACGAUACUCUGCUAUGCAGCAAGACCUAGACCGCCUGCGCCACGCGGAGGAACUCGUGCGACGGUCAGAGAGAAGACGACAUUGGGAGGCAGUGGCUCGCCGGAAUGAAGAACGUCUCCAGGAGUACCAGGAAGCGAAGCCGGGUUUCUGGAAAGACUUUGAAGCUGCACUCAACGUGUGGAGCGAAGACCAAGAUGUCGACACGGCGCGCGCAUACCAGGAAUUCAAGGCUCAUGAAUCAAAUGCACGAGCCGCAAGCUACUCCGAGGUUCGCUUCGUCGGUAUGCUAAUGUGGUUCCGCAGAAAGCCACAGAAGGUUGCCACAGCGCUGAGAGAUCUUUGCAAGUACCUGCAUGGCGAAGCAACGUGCAUGUGGCUUGUGGUACUUGCGCAGGACAAGUCCGACGAAAUUUACGGCCUUCGAAAAUGGGGUCCAGAAAUCCACCACGCUGCUUCGAACACCAAGAUGAAUCAGCAGCUAUGGGAUAACGAGGAGGGCCACUACACCAAGAUUGAAGUGAUGGGCUUCGUUCCUUUCGGCACUGGCAGAGAUUUCAAAUCGAUUCGCUCGCUUGCAAGCUACUCGGAAGAGCCCGUCUUCAACUUUUCCGUCGCCAAGCAGCUCGAGAUGAUCCGUGGAGGACUCGAGGCGAGAAAGAUCCUUCUCAAGCCCGGGGCCGAGCCACGAUGGCAGCCGGGCAGGAGUUACGACGACUUCGUCGACUGCAAGAUGAUGGAGUACACGGUCAGAGCUCUCCAGUUCUUGGACAAGCCGAUGGGGUCGUGGAUGACUUGGUCCAACAAGCAAAGCGACCACGAACUGUACGGGAACGUCUGCCGUGAAUUCAAAGAGUAUGCUGCUAGCAACAACUUCGAUAAGAUCUUCGAAGCGCGUCAGAAGGUGCCCCAAUGGCGCAAGGAAGUCGCGAGGUACCAGCGUCUCCAAAGUUCCAUUGACGACGAAGAGGACGACGACGACGACGACGAGGACGACUAUGUUGAUGAUGUUGAUGAUGUUGAGGAUGUUGUUGCAGAGGAAAUUGCAACCCUACACGAGAAGCUGGAAGAACAAGUGUCGGAGUUUUUUGCAUUUGAAGGAGAGUUUGGGGAAGGGGUUUUGGGAAUGGAAUGGAAAGACAUCGCUGCGGCGCUUUGA